AUGUCGUCGUCUACUACUCCGGAUGACAAUUCAGGGGGAACACCUGCAGCAGCGAACCCAAACCCAAACACAGACCCAAACCCAAAUCCGAAUGCCCCGGUGCACAAACCAACUGAUGACUCGUCAGAACCGCUGGCCAAGGUCCAGACUGAACUCGCUGUGCUGAUUGUGGGCCUGGACACUGUCGAGGCUGUCUCACUCGUUUCCGGCUCUAGCGAUGUCGAUACUUCUAUUGAAAAAGCACUACAGGGCUGCGACGAGGUCCUCUUCGCAUUGCGGAAAUUCUACCGCCAGCAUCACGCCAUCUGGCCUCCACAGAGUGGCCGGGAAUUGACAGACGAAGCUAUUAAAGAACUGGCGGAGAUACAAGAGAGACUCGCAGCCUAUUCCAAUGUUCUUAAUACGCACAAUACGAAUAUCAUCAGAUCAUCUCAAGAACACGUAGAGAGAACAAUGAAAGCCUUCAUCGAAGAAAUCCGCAGCGGCAAGCGCGAGCAAUCCGUCAUCUCCACCAAAGCCCUCUCUGCCGACGAAAAGGAAGGCUGGAAACAACUCCGCAAGGAACUGCAAGAUGCGGGCAUUAAUUCCGAGUGUUUCACACAGACCUUCGACAUGAUCUACGCCGCACUGAAGGAAUCUGAUCUCGGCGGAGAUCUUCCUCAACUCGAUGAUAUCCCGCCCGAUACGAUUCGCUCUUCGCAAGAUGGAUUGUUGUCGUACGGGCAUGUCCGUGAUUUGGCUACCAAUAUGGCGUCUGCGUGGAUGAAUCAGAUCUCUGAGUACACUUAUGCGUCUCCGCGGUGGAAUUCUAUCAGCAAGCAAUCUCGCCAGGCUCUCUCUGGUUUGAAAGUACAGCCUACUCACGUCAGUCAUAUGGUUUCCAAGGCGAUGGGGCAUCGGGUUGAUUUGGUUUCUUGUGCGGAAGAUGGGGACGUGACUUCUGUUUUGAAUCUGCUGAAGAGAGGAGCGAGUAUCAACAUGACAGCUGAGGGAGGUGAUACUGCUUUGUCACAGGCUGCUGCGAAUGGUCAUAAGGAAAUUGUUCUCCUGCUCUUUGCCAAAGGUGCCGAUUUGGACCCUGUUAACCAGCAGGGCGAGACUGCAUUCGUGCAGGCGGCGAAGAAUGGACAUCAGGAAAUUGUCCAGAUUUUACUCAGUCAUGCGGCAGCCGUGGCGAAUGGUCGAUCUGGUCCCGAUGCCCUCAAGAAGGCGGCUGAGAAUGGCCAUGCAGAGAUUGUUCGCAUGUUGCUGGAGCGAGGGGUCAAUGCCGAUGUUCUUGAUUCUGACGACCAAUAUGAUAAUACCGCUUUGUCUAGAGCUGCUAGCAAUGGCCACGAGGCAGUUGUUAUAACGUUGCUGAACCACGGUGUGCAGAUCAAUCUGGCCAACUAUUGGGGUGAAACGGCGCUAUAUCAUGCUGUUGCUUUGGGGGAUAGGAGGAUCAUCCAUCAUCUACUCAGGUUUGAUGUUGAUGUUGAUCCUAGAGCUGAACAUCGAGCUCGAGAGAAUGGCAAGCUUUUUGGUUGGUUGAAGGCGGAGCAGGAGGCGAGGCAGAAAGGGUUGAUCGGGAAUACCAGUCCCAUGUCUCCCAAGUCCCCUCCUCGGCGAGGUCAUGAUCGUAUGAAAUCGGAGGCUGGUCGUCUCUGGGACUCAGCCUGGGGGCGGCCGCCUGGAGGAUGGUCGGGGCGUGGGCGUGUGAGCGAGAGUGCAAGUGCAAGUGCAAGCGAGAAGGCGAAUGCGGUUGAGCAGACCUCAACCUGA